GUGCAUUCGGUUUUGAAUGCAAAUCCAUUUCAAAUUUUGACUGAUUUUGUAUCAAUUAAUUUAAUCUUUGUAAACAAAGUGAACUUUUGUUUUUAAGUUUCUUUGAAUCCUCAGUUUAUUUUAAUAUUGUGAUCAGGCAUGGAUAAUUCUUUUGAUGCUUCUCUGGAUGAAGGUGAUGAUGCCGAGGAACGGCAUCUUCAGAUGCUUACUCAACAGUUGGUACAACCUUCGCCCGCUACUCCUCGACAACCAUCGCCGACACCACCACGACCCCCUUCACCACAAACACCUCAUCAACAAUCACCGACUUCACAUCAACCUUCACCUGCUCCACAUCAGCCAUCACCGGCUCCACAUCAACCACCGAUGACACCCAUGACUCCUAUGACACCAAUCACUCCUAGCUCAACAGAUCCUGGAAUAGCUCCUCAGUUACAAAAUAUUGUGUCAACGGUCAACUUAGGCUGUAAAUUGGACUUAAAAAAAAUAGCAUUACAAGCAAGAAAUGCUGAAUACAAUCCUAAACGAUUUGCUGCAGUCAUCAUGAGAAUAAGAGAACCUCGAACAACAGCUCUCAUCUUCAGUUCGGGUAAAAUGGUUUGCACUGGGGCUAAAAGUGAAGAACAAUCUCGAUUAGCUGCACGUAAAUAUGCUCGUAUUGUUCAAAAAUUAGGGUUUGAUGCAAAAUUUUUAGAUUUCAAAAUUCAAAAUAUGGUCGGCAGCUGUGAUGUAAAAUUUCCCAUUCGUUUAGAAGGUCUGGUUUUAACACACAGUCAGUUCUCUUCUUACGAACCUGAACUUUUUCCUGGUUUAAUUUAUCGAAUGGUCAAACCCAGAAUUGUAUUGCUUAUUUUCGUUUCUGGUAAAGUGGUUUUGACAGGAGCAAAAGUCAGGUCGGAAAUUUAUGAGGCAUUCGACAACAUAUAUCCUAUUCUCAAAGGAUUCCGAAAACAAUGAUGUUCACAACUUUACCUUUAUAUUUUAAAAAAUCAUUGUGUAUAUUUAUUUGUUUCAACAUUCUCAAAACUUGAUGUUAUGGUUCAAACUUAAACAACAGAACCCGGCAUUCAUAUUUACUAGUAUUUACGUAAAAUGUCAAAUAAACUAAAUUGUUUUCAA